AUGGCGGCUUCCAAAUCUGCAGCUGACCAAGCCUUUGCAAUUACCAAUCUGGAGAUUGUUAUUGGUAAUCAGAAGAACAAUAUCCUUCAUGAAAGCAGUUCACAGCUACUAAGCAAUGCCAUAGCAAUUGCGCCCAUUGCUAUGAGUCAAGCACCGAGUUCAUCCCACGUUGUUCAUGCACCUAAGGAGACUUGGCAAACUGUUAAAAGCCAUAAGACAGCAAAAGAGGGGAAUUGGAAGGGGAAAGAAGUGGUCUCUUUCCCUCAAGUGGUUGAUCAAAAUCCUAUAAAUCCUCAUGCAACAAGCAAUCUGCCAUCUAGUAGUAGCCACUCCAAACCCACUAGUGAUACUCAUGUUAAUGAUACUAACUUUGUUGAAGCUGUCCCAAUUGAUACUCAGAUCCUACAAACCAAACAACAAGUCUCUUGCCCUGAAGUGGGCAAAGAAGUCCUUGAAGUCAUGCCAGUUGAAUCCCCCAACAGAUUUGCUGAAUUGAAUAAGGAAGAAGACAGUCCUCCAAAUAACUGCAGCCCUUCCACAUGUCAAGAGGAACAGGUAUCGACUUCAUUCUCUGAUAAUUCUUUCCUCAAAGAUUUGGUAUCCUCUAAAAGCAAGAAGAAAAAGAAGAAGAAGCAUUUCAUAAG